AUGGCGGCCACUAUCGAAAAAUUGAUCGAAAAGUUGACAAGUGAAAUAGAUUACACCUUCUUGACGGAUUUUUUCCUUACUUACAGGAGUUUCAUAUCACCGGUGCAACUAUGUAACCUGUUAAUAUUAAGGUUUAAUUGGGCACUGGAAAGGGAUGAAGAAGACAGGAGGAUUGCAAGAGUCAGGACUUUUGUGGCAAUACGUCACUGGCUUCUUAAUUAUUUUUAUUUCGAUUUUGUUUCGUGUCGUGAAUUAAGGUCGAUACUUACAAACUAUCUCAAUGAUCUCUCCGCACGCCAAUCCAUAAGGGAUUCUCCACGAGAUCAGAGGAUAGUGCAGGGUUUAAGGAAGGUGUUGAAAAGAUUAAAAAAGCUUUACUAUCAGAAGGAUUUAAGCCCGGGUUUUGGAAAGCACGGAGAUCGCCUGUCUGGUGAUGAUAUUGAAGACAAAAAGUAUUUUGAGGACAUUGAUGACAUGGUUGUGGUAAUGCCUCAAAGGAAAUUUGGGUCGGUACAAUUGCCCGGACAAUAUGGUUAUGGUACGGUGGAUAGUGGGGGUGGGUUCUUCGGAACUUCGAUGACCUCCGAAUCUCAGAACAUUUACCCCAUGAUAUUAGGAAAUAGUAGCACUUCCAAAGAACAAUCUACAUUAAUAAAUAGACCUUUAAAAAAAGCUUCGUCAUAUUCUUCUUUAUAUUCGGUGAUCACUCCCGGAACAACCGAUUCAGAAGAGGAAGAAAACGAUCCGAUUGUAAAUAAUUCCAAUCUGAAUUCGAGUGUUUCGCGAAGAGAACAUGGUCACGAAGUAGGCCUUAGCCAAACUUUACAGUACAGUGAGUCUUCUUCCCUAAAGCACACGAAUGAUCAAGAUACUGGUUUUUAUCAUCACAGAUGGGCAAUAUCUCUGCCCACCAUUUCCAGCGGUGACGACGAUGUAGUAGGUGGAAAAAUGAACACGAGUUCUGGUGUGGAUAACAAAGAGAGCAAGAUAUCAUCUAAAAUGGAACGCGUUAUAGUUGAUCCCCUGGAACAAUCAGAAAAAAUUAAAGAAUUUGAAAAAAGAAUAAUAAGGCUGAAAAGUAGAUCGAUGAGUGACAUACCUUCAAAAAAAAAAUUGCAAGAUCCUGUGGAUAACUUUGACAGGAAUGAUGAAGCAUUGGUUGGCAAAGAGCCACCACCACUUCCACCACGUCGUCGUAGGAGGCAUACUCUGGAUGUCUCGUCAAAACAACCUCCAUCUCCCUCUUUCUUUAAGAGUAUGUUCGUUAAGGGUAGCUUUCCUAUAAGGAAACUUAAGAAUAUGGUCUCCCAAGAAAAAUCUGGUGACAAUAUACAGCGAAAAAAGAGAAGCCUGUCUUUCUCGGAGGCGAUUUGUGGUAUUUUCGAUCUUUUUGCGAUUGACCAUUCAAGUGGGGUCGCAAGAAGAAAUUCUUCUCCUUCAUACGUCGAUACAUCAGGUGGAUCACAAGAUCAACGUCCAACUCAUAGAAGUAACGAACAGGAGUCUACUUCCAGACCCUGGCAUCGUAAGAUGUCAGGUACCGUGGGAAGGUUAGCUAAAGGAUUGUUUUCAGGCGAGAGAAACAAGAAUUCCAUGGCUUCCUUUUCAGGUGUUAUACCUGGGUGUGGAACGCAAGGUGACAACAGCACUAAUCGAAUCAGUAAAUUCGGAUUUCUCUGUGCUACUACCCCCGUCGAACCUGUUAACAUGGAAGAAAGUGAUUCAAGUUUUUCUUGGAAUGAGAACAUGAAUACACGUGUGAUCGAUGAAAAUGAUCAAUUUCAUUUGGACGGAUUUUCAUAUGUUGAUGAAUCGGUUGAAGACGAAUUUUAUGACACCACACGUGCAGAGAAUUUUGAGGAAACAGAACGGCAAUUCGAACAAUGGGAAAACGAAGAUGUCAAUAAAGGCAUUAGUUAUGAUGGGGGCUCGACCUCAUUACAAAUACCUACAUUUCCUCAAAACACCUAUUCUAAGGCAUGGGGUGUAGAAGAGACAAAUAAAAAUAAUACCCAUCAUCUAUCUGAAUCCAUUGAAGUUGAAAACUAUUCUAAGGACAAUGAACCUGAAGACCCGCAAAUAAUCCGUAGACUACAUCGUCAAGGAAAAAUUUAUGAUGUCGAAGAUGUUGAGAAUAUAAAUUUUUCACAACAGACAUCAACCGAGGGUGAUAAUUAUCAAUCCGUACGUUCUCAAAACUUUCGUACCCUCCGUCAUCUCCCUAAGGUGCAUAAUCUACAUUCGGUUGUCACGCUUAAAGACCUAGAAAAUAAACCUAGCAAACAAAUUUCAUGGGACACUUUCACGUCACAAGAGUUUGGUGAAGGAGAGAAUGUUGUACUGUCUUCAAAUAUCAUAGGCUCUGUGGAGGAAACUAGUAAGGAAUCUAUAUUUCGGGAAUCGGAGGCUAACAGAAGAGUAAAAGAUGAUAAAACCAUUGAUCCCCAUUACGUAAGUUUGGAUGAAAAUUCCACGGGCUUAUCCCAAACCGAAAUGGAUAAAGGUCGAGGUGGAAAUGGUCGAGGAUUUGUUCUCGGAAAAAUUCUCCAAUCAUCAAAAAAACAUAAGCCUCCUGCAAUUUCAAUUCAACAGGUUGAGACCAUCGACCCCAAUUUUUCUCAAGGACCAAAUAAACGUAUCUUGGUACAAACCCCGAGCAGUAUGCAUAGUCGAAUGUCCUCAUCCACAUCCUCAGACCUAAAUUUUCAAAAUCAACAGCCGUACCAAUCAUUUAUCUUAAUGUAUCGCUCAGAUGUCAUCGCGAGACAGUUUUGUUUGAUCGAACGCGACCUCUUGUUAAACGUUCAAUGGGAAGAGUUGGCAUGUGACUGGGUGUCCACCGAGAUUGUGCUCACCCGAGACCUGAACGAUCGAGUUCGAGUAAUUGAAAAGUUUAUACAUAUUGCACAGCAAUGCCUUCAAUUAUCCAAUUUUGCUACAUUGGCACAAAUUCUUCUCGGACUACAAUCAUCUCCUGUGGAACGUCUACGCCGUACAUGGACGCAAGUUCGAGAUUCUGAGAUGCGCACCUUAAAAGAAUUAAAUGAAUAUAUAUCUCCCUUUGGGAAUUGGAAGGUGAUCAGGGAUACGAUGCGUCAAGUUGUAGAAAAUUCGACAAUAAUAAACGAAGUGGUCAAAAAAAGUCGACUUGGAACCGGUGUUAAAAAGAUCAAUACUGGAUGCAUUCCUUUUUUGGGUCUUUACCUCUCAGAUUUAGUCUUUAAUUCGGCAGUUCCUUCGUUCAUUGACCCAGCUCCACCAACCCCAUCAACGCCAUCCUUUUCUGCACUCAUAGAUCGCCCACAACAACCAUUAGUAAACUUUCAUAAACACAGAACCACAGCGACAAUUGUUAAACGUAUAAUGGCCUUCCAAAAUUUAGCACGCAGUUACACUGUCCCGAUCGAACCAGAUGUUUAUUCAAAGUGCGCCGAGUUGAAAGGUGUCGAAGCCACAAGAUUGGUGGUGAUGGAUUUAGACGUUGAAGAUUAUAAUUCAGACAUUGUGUCAGAGAUGUUUAAUAAUUGUACCUCUCUCGCCUACGAGGAAUCAAGUAAUCACAAUAAAAACAAUUCUAACUCAUUGAAUCCCAUAUCAAGCAAUUUUAUUGACGAAAUUUCAUCGAGAAAAACGAGUUUAAUACUACCAGAUGGAUUUUCAGGACUAGAAAGAAUCUGUUUGACCGCAAAUGGGAACUUACAAAGAAUUCUGAGUGCUUGGUUCAAUAAACCCAUAGAAAUACAAAUUAUCAAAAAUGUUUCCGUGAACACCACAAGUUCGACACUAAAAUCAUUUGAUAACUGCGAAACCGUCAACCACCUUGAUCAUGGUAAUGAUGAUGGUCCAAUUCUACAAAGAUAUGACCGAGAAGUGAGACUUGUAUGUUCAAACAAGAUUGUGUGUAGCGCAUUUAGUGAUGUCAUAGUUCGUGACAAAAAAAUUUUUAAUUUAAUUGAAAACGAAGGUGUCGGUCUUGGUCAAUUGUUUAGGGCGCCGUCAUUUCAACUACUUCGAGUGGGACGCGACUCGCAAAGUUGGUGGCGCGUGUAUACUUUAAAAAUUCAGAGUAUUGAAUGUGAAAUUAAAGAAGUUUUUCCAUGUAAUUUAUUUGAGACUGGAGGAAUAGAUAUCAAUCCAAAAUGUUGA